AUGGAACGAAACGAGAAAACAAGUCUACUUGAUAGAAUAUUUUCUUGGUCUAUGGAAGAUAUUCUCAACAAAGAUCUCUACAAGCAAAAGAUAAAGACUAUACCAGACAAGUUUAGUUCCGUUAAUGAAUACUUGAAGUGUUUUGUUCCUCAUCUACUGGAGGAAACGCGAACCGAGUUGUCCACAAGCUUCAAAUCUUUGUCAAAAGCUCAUCUCUUUGAAAUUAGUUCCUUGGAGACAAUGACAAAGGAAUCAAGUGGAAGCUUAUCAAACAAGUUGUUCUACGAUAUGUCAAUAAAUGAUGCAUUGAGUAUUAGAGAAAAGUAUCAGCCAAAAUGUGGAGAUCUUAUUGCUUUGACAAAGGAAAGGCCUAGAGGAGUCGAUGACUUGAAUCCUUUACUUCUUGGUUCUAUUUCUGUUGAUACUUAUCCAAAUAUCUCUGUUAUUUUGUCAAGAUUAAUAUUCCAUGAUGAGAAAAAGUCACUUGGUUUCGCUCCCAACUUUGAUCUCAUCCAGAGUGUUCUUCAGCCAAAUACUGCGGGUAUGGAGCCAAUUGUUUCUUCUAGAACUUGGGGACAAAAUGUUUUGGAUAUAAUCCGUUCAUCAAAAUUGAACUCUUCACAAGAAGCUGCAAUCUUGAGCUGCCUUGAGACAAGAGAUAGUAAUCACAAGAACAGUGUGAAACUCAUAUGGGGACCUCUUAAGACAAAGACGGUCGCUACUCUUCUCCUUGUCCUUCUCAAGCUAAGGUGCAAAACAGUUGUGUGUGCUCCUACAAACACAGCUAUUGUAGAAGUAACAUCAAGGCUAUUGGCUUUAUCGAAUAAAUAUUCAGAACAUGCCACUUAUGGCUUGGGGAAUAUUUUUUUAGCUGGAAACCAAAAAAGAAUGAGGAUCAAAGAUACUGAUUAUCUUCGUAAUGUCUUUCUUGAUCAUCGUAUAAGCAAACUUCGUAAACUGUUUUUAUCUACUUGUGGAUGGAAGCAGAGUUUGGAGUCAAUCAUAGAUCUUCUUGAAAACACAGAGACUAAGACUGGAAAUAUAGAAGUUCUUGUGGUUGAUGAGGCAGCUCAGCUUAAAGAAUGUGAAUCAGUUGCUGCAUUGCAACUUCCUGGACUACGUCACGCCAUUCUAAUAGGAGAUGAGUUUCAGUUACCUGCAAUGGUUCAUAACGAUCAAUGCGAGAAGGCGAAAUUCGGAAGAAGCUUGUUCGAGAGAUUGGUUCUGCUUGGUCAUAAAAAGCAUUUGCUUGAUGUUCAGUACCGAAUGCAUCCUUCGAUUAGUCGUUUCCCUUAUAAAGAGUUUUAUGGUGGGAGAAUCAAAGAUGCUGCAAAUGUUCAAGAAAGUAUUUAUCAAAAGAGGUUUCUUCAAGGAAACAUGUUUGGCUCAUUUUCUUUUAUCAAUGUUGGACGUGGAAAAGAAGAGUUUGGUGAUGGAGAUAGUCCCAAGAACAUGGUUGAAGUUGCUGUGGUUUCUGAAAUCAUAUCAAAUCUUUUCAAAGUUUCUAGGGAAAGAAAGAUGAAAAUGAGUGUUGGAGUGAUUACUCCUUACAAAGGACAAGUUAGAGCAAUCCAAGAGAGAAUCAGAGAUAAGUACAGUUCCUUAUCAGGUGAGCUUUUCACUGUGAAUGUUCGGUCUGUAGAUGGGUUUCAAGGUGGUGAAGAAGACAUUAUCAUCAUCUCUACCGUUAGAAGUAAUAGUAACGGGAAGGUUGGAUUUCUCAGUAACCGUCAAAGAGCCAAUGUGGCACUCACUCGAGCUAGGCACUGUUUAUGGGUGAUUGGAAAUGAGUCAACACUGGCUCGGAGUGGUUCGAUUUGGGCAAACCUUAUAAGUGACUCGAAGAGACGUAAAUGCUUCUAUGAUGCUAAAGAUGAUAAGAGAUUGAGAGAUGCCAUGAAUGCUGUCCAAGGUUGA